AGACAAUAUUAAAAAUAAAAAAACAAAAACAAAAACAGAAAAUGCAGGCAACCUCCUUUGCUCCAGUCCCCAACUGCUGUUACCCCAUUAUUCCAAACCAGUAUUUACACUUCCAACCUCUCCAUCUCAAGAGACCAAAACCCACUUACCUCUCCCUCUCAAAUAACCAACACAUCAUCACUGCCCUUACUCUAAUUCCAACAACAACUGCCACCAAACCACUACAAAAUACUAAUAACAACCCUGACCCAGAUCUCAACUCUUCACUCUUUCCACAGUUUUACUCUUGCGUUGCCACUGACAAGGGAAAUAACCAAAACCCAGAUACCCAAAACCAAAGAAAAGAAGAGAACUACAGAGAUAAAGUGACCAAAAAGGACUGGGGAAUUUUCACAAACAUGUGGUGGGCAGAAUUAAAAGCAGCGAUGGGCCAGAGAAUUAACUUCGAAGGUAUUGCUAGUUCAACUAUGGUUGUAGUAAAGGACCAUCACUUGGCUUUGCCGCACGUGGCGGUGCCCGAUAUAAGGUAUAUUGAUUGGGCUGAGCUGCAUAGGAAGGGUUUUAGGGGUGUUGUGUUUGAUAAGGAUAAUACUAUCACUGUACCUUACUCAUUGACUUUGUGGGGGCCUCUUGGUUCGUCUCUGGAGCGGUGUAAAUCAGUGUUUGGCCCGGAUAUUGCCGUGUUCAGCAACUCUGCUGGGCUGUGUGAAUAUGACCUUGAUGGUUCGAAAGCUAGGGCACUCGAAGGGGCUAUUGGAAUUAAAGUAAUACGGCAUAGGGUGAAGAAACCUGCUGGAACGGCUGAAGAAAUUGAGAAGCACUUUGGUUGUAAAUCCUCGCAACUUAUCAUGGUUGGUGAUCGGCCGUUAACGGAUAUUGUGUACGGGAAUAGAAAUGGAUUUCUGACUAUUUUGACUGGACCUUUAAGUCUUGCCGAGGAGCCAUUCAUUGUUAGGCAGGUGAGGAAAUUUGAAACAUCCCUUGUCAAUCGCUGGGUUAGGAGAGGGUUGAAGCCAAUUAGUCAUAGUUUAUUGUCAGAUCCCAUGCUUUGUGUGAAAGAUCUCCCACCUUUGUGAGAAAACAAGUGUGGAUAUAUAUAAAAGGGAGAUUAUUCUGGAGCAGCAUGAAAAGUUAUUGCUUUUGUCCAGUAAAUUCGUAUUAUUAUUAUUAUUAAUUUUUUCCUUAUAAAAGUUAAUUUUGUAUUA